CGAUUCUUCACAAACAGUUACCAGUUCCGCCCUCUGUGUAUUUUCUUCUUUGACCUCCUUUCUUCAAUCUUAGUUCUUGGGACUGAUGACAGGAACUUCAGUCUUGCCACCACCCAACAAUUCCGAGGCAGACCACGUCCUCGAUAUGCCCCUGCACCAUAAGCCUACUCCCACCGCAACUGCACCUACGCCUAUUACCACCACCACUACUGCUACUACUACUACAGCAACGACGACCGUACCCGAGCCGACCAUGGGUGGUCUUCAUAUGAUCAAAGAACGCGACGAAGACGACGAACAGCAACAACAACAACAACUUGAACCAGAUGCUGUUCGACAACAUUAUGAAAAUAUGACCUAUGAUGACCUCUCUCAACGCAUGGCCGAAAACUACAAGCAACUCUCUGCCAUGCUCGGUAAAACCUCCUCCAUGAGUAACCCCGAGUCGCCCUCUUCCUCACUUUCUUCAACUGACGACGAUGAUGAUAACGACCAUCAUCACAACGCCUUUACUACAGCCAAUGCCGCAACAACCACGACAACGGAAUUAGACAAUGAAACUGAUAUUGUUCAGCAUCCGGAAUUGGACGACAAGACCAAAAAACAUAAAGUGACGCAGCUCUUUUGUCGUGCAGCUUCGUCGGGCGACUUGCAAAAAGUCACCUCGUUAUUGAAAGAUUAUCGGUCGUAUAUUGACAUUGAUGCUCGAGACGAAGACGGCACUACACCCUUGAUCUAUGCAGCAUGCUUUGGUAAAAUGGACAUUGCCCAGGCACUACUCGAAGCGGGUGCAAAGACCGAUGUCCAGGAUUCCUAUGGCUGGUCAGCGCUCAUGUGGGCUACCAACAAUAGCCAUGAAGCAAUCGUCAAGGUUCUCUUGGAAAGCGGUGCUUCAUCCCAUACCAAAUCGGCAAAGGGCCGCACGGUAUUUGAUUUCGUCAAUACCGAUAACCAAAAGAUCGUCGAAAUUUUGGCCACCAAUCCUCGUGACAGUAUCUCAUCAACAUCCAGCAUCAUGGGCCGUAAUGCUGGCAGUUUGUCUUCGUCGUCGUCGAACGCUGGCGACUAUGACUUUUAUUAUCAAUCCACACUGGAAGGCUACGAUAACUUUAUGGCCGAAGAAGCCGAUCGCCGUCGUAAACUGUUAGAAACUGCUAUGGCGUUAGCAGGUGGUAAUGUUGACGAUACCAAUGUCGAUAACGACGAUGACGAUCAAGACUUUGAUAACAAUGAGGAUAAUGGGGAUUAUGGAGAUGAUGACGAUGACCAAGACGACGAUGACGAUGAUAUGACGCAUGAGUUCCAUUGGGACAAAUGUCUUCCAGAUCAAAUGUUUGUCUUUGGCGCCGACAAUCUGCAGUACAUUCUGGAUGCCAUCAUUACUAAUAUCCAGCUUCCUGUCCGCACGCAUCAAGAGAUCUGUGUACCGGCCAAUGUUAUCUUCCUAAGUGCUCGAUUCGCACAUUAUUUCUCCAGUGAUGAGCUACUUCAGGAGGUUCUUGAAGGCGCCAUGAGCCGUAUUGGCAACGAGAUCAAGACCAAUGCACGUAACGUACAUGUACUUGCGUUCUGGAUCACCAAUGCCACACAACUCUUGUACUAUUUGAAAAAGGAUACUGGGCUGGUUGUUGCGACCGCCGAGCAUCAGCUGCGUAUUUCCGAAUUGAUAUCCGAAAUCUAUACCAUGAUCAUCAACGACACAGAACGACGACUCACCAAGAUUCUUGUUCCAGCCAUGCUUGACCACGAGCAGAUCCCUGGCAUGGAAGACGUCAACUUUGCAGAUGAUUGGCAACGGUUCUUCCGACGCAGCACACGACGAUCUGUGAUUGUGCCUCCUGACGGUGGACUUGCUGUGCAAAUGAAGCGCAACAUGAGCACGCCAGUGAGCAACACCAGCAGCAGCAGCAGCAGCAGCAACAACAAUAGUAACGGUGCAUGUUCAGGACUUGCUAUUUCGCCACAAUCCGUAACCAGUCUAUUGACAUCCACACUCUAUGUCCUCCAAUCCUACGACGUGCACCCGACCAUCAUCAUCCAAGCGCUUGCGCAAUUCUUCCACUACAUUUCUUGCGAAAUGUUCAAUCGGAUCCUGAGCAACAAAAAGCUGUUGUGCAGAUCCAAGGCGUUGCAAAUCAGGAUGAACAUGUCGCAUAUCGAAGACUGGAUCGGCCAGAGCAACUUGCCGCAUAGUCUUGUCACAUAUUUUGACCCAACCACGCAGCUCCUGCAGCUCCUGCAGUGCCUGACUCAGCUGCAGGAUCUUGUUGGAUUCAUCCAGACAGUCAAGAAAUUCGACUCGCUGAAUGCAUUACAAGUCAAACGGUGUGUCACCAGUUAUCGUUACGAGGUGAAUGAACAGCGAUUGCCGGAUGAGAUUGAAAAGUAUGCCAUGCAGUUGGCUGAAGAUACUGUGCGAUACAAACAAGCACGAAGCCAGAGUCGUAAUAACAAGUCUACAACAACAGCAGCAGCAGGAGGAAGCAUGUCACGUACGCAAAGCGUGUCUUUACGACGAACUCGGUCUAGACGCGACAGUGUUUCGAGUUUUGUCGGAUCGCUCAUGUCGAGUGUAGGCAUCACCGCAUCUGCAUCCUUGCCACCCACGCUGCCCUCGUCUCCAACCACAGAAGAGGAUCCCAACAAUACCACAAGCAGUAACUCAUCAACAACUGCUGAGACUAGUGCUGCUACUACGGCUGCUAGCACCGCUGCAACAACGCCUGCUAAAACUUCAACAGAAGAACAACAGCAGCAGCAACUUGAGGCAUUGACAGAGGAACCACUUAAAUUGGACGACGAUGAAGACAAGGAAAUUAAAGAAACGAGAGAUCCCAAGUUCAUGCUCCCCUUCUCUGUUCCUACGACAGCACACAUGGUCAGCUUUACUGGCUGGGCAUCGGAUGAAGAAUCCAAACGAGACAGGGAGCGACUUGUUACGCCUGUGAUACCUAGCGAAUGGAUGGAUCGGUUGGACAAUGGAACUUUGGAGUAAAAAUAUAAUUAAUAAUAGUAAUAAUAAUAUAAUGAUAUUAAUGGUAUUAUUAUUACUAUCUUUUUGUCCUGUCCCACUUCUCCCCUCCUCCUUGUCACACCCCCCCUCCCCCCCCACGAUAACCAUAUACGCACCCAGAAAGUUUCCGCCUCUUAUUUACUGUUUAUUUGUAAACUAGUUCAUUAUUGAAACUACUCUCUCUCUCUCACACAUUAUAUAUAUCUCACUCUCACACUCUUAUCUCUUUCGUCUUUUGCUCUUUCCUUUGUAUGCGUCUUCUUUCGUCCAGCUUGUUAAUACCUUUUUUUGCCUUACU